GCCCGGGGACGCGCACUCUCAAGCGGCGUCCGUUUCUCGGUUCCCCCGCGUCUCCUCUGGACCACCGGCGGUCUGAUGGGCGUUCGUGUCCUUUCUUCUUCCUCCACACUCGGAUAUUUUGGGAAGCUUCGAAAUGAAGCGCAUGAAUGUGAGCAACAAGAAGUGUCCUGUCGUUGUGCGUGUCUCCAACUGUGCCGGCGCUCAAGUCCCGUGUUGGCGCGGCGUCCUUGUGCUUUCGCGUCGACUCCAGUAGUGGACUACACAACUUUCCCUCUGGUUUUUCUGCUUUUUCUCGAGGUUUUCCGUCAAAGCUUUCAGGAUAACCCAACUCCGGAAAAGCAGCCCCCUCUUCUUCUCCUCCUCCCCCGGGCAGAAUAACCCUUCUGAGCAGUUAUUCGCCCUGACAAGCAUCUUCUCUGGGCCACGCUGGAAGUCGCCCCCCAUGUGGCCGUCGGGAGCGGGCAGCAGGCAGCCCUGCCCGCGGGAGUCUGCGCUCCGCAGGGCGGCCAUCAGCGGGAACGUCCUCGCUCUGCCGCCGCACCACGUCCCCACCGGUCGCAGUGUCCGGGUCUUCAUCUGCGCCAACCCCGACGACACAACAGCUGAGAGGAACGCCCUCAAAGAACAUGUCUACCCCAAACUGCGAGAUUUCUGCAGGGAGAACUACGGAAUUGAAUUCCAGGUGGUGGACCUGUACUGGGGUGUCGAUCCAGAGGAGUGGGACAGUCCGGAGCUGCAGAGGCUCCGAAUGAAGCUGUUGGAGGAAUGCUUGAAGACCUCGGCAGGACCCUGUUUUGUUGGUCUGGUUGGAGAGAAGUACGGCAGCAUCCGAGUGCCGGGGGAGGUAGAGUCAGCGGAGUUUGAGAUGAUCCUGGACGCUGCAGUGGAGGCUGGACUGGACACACACAUCCUGGAGGAGUGGUACUGCAGGGACGAGAAUUCUGUGCCACCCGCUUACUACCUCAAACCCAAAGCCCAAAUGUUCAAGAACUACCAGAACUCCAUGGAGUCGAGCAGCACAGCCAAGACCAAGAAUGACAAGGCCUGGAGGACGGUGUCAGAGGAGAUCAAGAGGAUCUUCAGAACAGCAGUGCUGCAGCUUCAAGAGAAAGGGACCAUGAAGAGCGAUCAGGCCAAGAAAUUCCUCUGCUCUGCCUUGGAGGAUGAAUUAGACUUUGCCCUUGGGAAACAAACUCCUGCCUUUCUCAGGAAAUGCGUCUGCUACAUCCGCAAGAUCUCCCAGUUUGACCGCUUCGCCAAACUGCCGGAGAUGGCGCGUUACAUGGACAUAGUGGUGAGCGGCGACCGGGUCAUGCGAAACCAGGAAGCCUACGAACGCCUUCUGAAGGUGCGUGAUGAGUUCAUCCCCACUGUAGUGGCUGCUUCCAACCUACGAGUCUAUUCCUCGGUCACGCACUGCGACAUGAAAUUGGGCUACUCCCAGGAGGUGGAAAGCCAUUAUGUGGAGGGCUUGUGUAAACAGUUCUACGAGGACAUGGUCGACAUCAUCCAAGCCACAGUGCAGCAGAACUUCGACACGGAGAGGGACCCCCUCUACGAUGAGAUCCUGCAGCAUCUCUCCCUUUGUAAAACCUACGCAGCCCUCCACGAAUACAAGAGUGAGACAUUGGAUUACGUUCAGGAAUACCUGAUGCCGACCAAAGGGAGUCGAAUGAGCCCUCUUGUGUUGUACGGAGGACCCUGCACUGGGAAGACUUUGCUGCUUGCCGAAGUUGCCAAGCAGGCCUAUACAUGGUUGCAGACAGAGAUUGGCCCGGAAACAAACCCAGUGGUCAUUGUUCGUUUCAUUGGCUCCAGUCAGCCCUCCACCGACCUGCGAACCCUACUCCAGAGCAUCUGUGAACAGAUUGCAAUCAACUACCGCUGCCUGAUUCACUUUUUGCCUAACAAAAUCCAGGAGAUGAGGGAGCUCUUCAUCAAUCUUCUUGGGGAAUCCUCAUUCCACAGGCCUCUGGUUAUCGUCCUGGAUUCGCUGGAGCAGCUGUCAGACUCAGAUGACGCUCGCAAACUGUGGUGGCUUCCCAUACAUCUUCCAAAAACAGUCCGCAUUGUUGUUUCGACAUUGCCCAACAAGCACGGCAUCCUUCAAAAGCUAAGACAUUUGAUUCAUGACGAGGGAUACUAUGUGGAAAUAAUCCAGAGAGACCGCAAAGUCUGCAGCCAGACCUUGAAGCAACAGUUGCUGGGUGUGAAGAGGAAGGUGACCUCUGGCCAACAGAUCUAUGUCAAUGAGGCUCUUGCUAAGUGUACAUUGCCAAUGUUUGUCAACCUAAUAUAUCGAGAAGUUGUUCAUUGGAGGUCUCACAAAGAUGUUGACGACAAGUCUCUCUGCUCCACUGUUCACGAAAGCAUUGAACAUCUUUUUUAUUCCGUCGAGAAUAAACUGGGUCAGAGGUUUGUCUUUCGAGCGUUGGGCUACAUUACGAUGGCAAAGGCAGGUUUGACUGAGGUUGAACUAGAGGACAUUCUGUCCCUGGAUAACAUUGUCCUCGGUGACGUCAUCGUGGCAUCAUAUCUCAGAAAUCCUCUGAGGAUCUCCUAUGAGUUGGUUGCAAAGCUCAAAGAAGAGCUGGAUGGGUAUCUAGUGGAGCGCCAGGUGAGAAACGUCACCCUGAUGGUUUGGGCCAACAGACACCUGCACCUCAUUGCCCAGAAAUUAUAUCUGAGCAACGAGGAGGAUGUCCAUCAGAUGCACAGCCUCCUGGCCGAGUAUUUUCUUGGGGCUUGGUCGGGAGGCAGAAAAAAGAUAUUUACUUAUGACAACAACCAUUUUACUUCCCUGAACAUAUCUCAUCACAAAAACCCCCACAAUCAACAGUCCCAUGAGAAGGCAUCAUCUGACAAGUAUUCCUAUGACAGGCAAACGCCAGAGCAGCCAUGGGUCUUUCAGUGUAACCUUCUUGAGCCUGACAUUUUCUUUGUGAACCACAGAAAGAUGACAGAGUUGGUGUACCACCUUACCCGGAGCGGGCGCACUGACGAUCUUAUGUUCGGCGUCAUCAUGAACUUCAGCUGGCUCUACACCAUGAUCAAGAUUGGUCAGUUUGAAAAAGCCUUAACAGACAUAGAUCUGGCUUACAGUUACACCCAAGAAAAAGAACUGAAGUUCCUGGCAACCACACUUCGUAGCAUCAAGGUUAAAGUGCUGAAAAACCCUGCAUCAUUGUCUGCAGAACUGCAACAGAGACUUUUGCCGGUUGUUACUUCUCUGCCCAAGCUUAGGCAUCUCCUGCUGGAGUGUGACAAAGACGGCCCCAAGUACUGUUCAAUUGUGCCUCUCCACUCCUCGAUGGAUGUUACUUACAGUCCAGAGAGGCUUCCUUUAUGCUCCAGCUACAUUCAGAUUGUGGAGGUCUUGCCUACUCUAGCCCCAAACAUAGUCCUUGUGGCCUUAGAAGAUGGGUCUGUUAGCACAUGGGAUGUAGAGAGCAGACAACUUCUGCGGCAGAUCGACACAGCCAGGUCUGUUGUGCUGGGAAUCAGGCUCACUACAGAUGAGAAGUAUCUGGUUGUGGCCACCACCAAAAACACGCUGCUUAUCUAUGAUAAUCACAAGUCUUGCCUUUUGUCGGAGGUCGAAAUCAAGGGUUCCAAGCAUAGCGGCAUCACAGGUGGGGUGACCUUUAUUAAUGGCUUUACACUGUCCACCCACCACGCUCUGGCUUGGCUCGAGGCCAGCAAAGAUGUCAAUGUCAUUGACCUACUCUAUGGAUGGCCUCUGUACCAGUUCCAUUGCUGGUAUGAAGUGACCUGUGUCCAGUGCUCCCCAGAUGGGAUGUAUGCCUUCUGUGGUCAGUACCUUAAUACUGCAUCCAUAUUUCAUCUGGGAAAUGGAGACAAGUUGGCAACAGUUACCUCUGAGUUUUCUGGGGGCUUUGUCAAGUCCAUCCUCGUCCUAGACACCCUUCAACAAAUGGUUAUGGUGGACAAUGAAGGCAGUUUGUCGGUUUGGAACACCAAAGAAGUCACCAAUCCUCGCCUAAUGGAAGACUACGAUUGCAGGGGGGACGACAGCGAGGUGGUGGGCAUUGAGUUGUCUGAGGACCAACGCUCAAUUCUCAUUUGUAAGGCAAGAAGUAUCGAAGUUUUGGACACAAAAGUGUGGAAAAUGGUUGAGAAGUUCAAAGCCAAACGUAGUGAGCGCUUUGUGGCUGCUGUUCUCUCCAAGAACGGGCAAAGCAUCGUGGCCUCUAUGGAAAACACUUCAUCCAUCUUUGUCUGGAGGAGAGACAGCGGUCAAUGCAUGGCUAGCCUGAUUGAGGUCUCAGGGGCUAUUGUGAAACUCAUCAAAUCGGUGCACCAUAACCUCCUUCUCUCUGUUGCCAGCAGUGGAGUAUUAUCCGUUUGGGACAUUGACAUUAUCACGGCCAUGUCAAAUAUUGACAAAACGGGCAAAAAGAUACAAACAUUGCAGUUGUCUGGAAGAGAGGAUUAUGUGUUUACAAUGGAUGGUUCAGAAGCAGUACACAAGUGGAACUUCAGCACCGGCUUUAUCGAGACUGUCUUCAAGCAUGAGGGGAUAGUGGAGAAUUGUGUCCUAACAUCCUCAGGGGAUCUCAUGGUGACGUCAGAUGACAAGUUAAGCCAAUACAUCUGGCAGACCAGCACCGGGGAAAACAUCUUUCGCAUCAAUGGCCAGAAAAUAUCACAGCUACUGAUUACUCACAAUGACCAGUUUGUUGUGUCUCUUUGUGAGCAGAAUGCCUCAAGAGUCUGGAGGCUGGGUACCGGGCAUAAAGUGUGCAACAUUUUAGUUACCCUCCAGAGUGCGCUCAUCACCACAGCAAACACAUUUCUGGUGGGAACGUCUAAAAAUAAGCUCUUGGCAGUGAGCUUGUGGUCUGGCAGUGUGUCCAAGAAGUUUGUCUGUGACGACGGCAUCACCAUCGUCAAUUUCAAGCUCAUUCCUGACCUCCCCGACUGCGUGGUCUUUAUCACAUCUACAGAAACCGUCUUCAUCUGGAGUGUCGCAGAUGAGUCAGUGUGCAGACGAGUCCAGUUGCCCACAAAUUUCCUGAAAAACCUAGAGGACUUCCAAAUAUCACCCAAUGGAAAAUUAGGGAUUGUCUCCAAAGGAGACGAGAACAUCAAUGUUCUUGACCUUCACAGUGGGAAACUAAGACUUGUCCAUGCGGCUGGUAUUAUUUGGCGGCAAAAGUUAUCAAGGGAUGGGCGCUAUCUAGUUUACGUCUGCUUCCGUAAUUGUGAGGAGGACGAUGAUGCAGGUGUUGUGUCAAAUCUGAUCGUGAUGCGCCUAGCUGAUGGCAAAAGCAUCGGCACGUGUUCUCUGUACAAGACCCCCACCUUCCUGUCUCUAUCCCAACGAGCACUGAACAUUAUCAUCGGCUUUGAAGACGGCAGCAUCGGCACUUACACGGUAGUGGACCGUGUCGACGCUGCCCUCAAAAUUAAGAUAGCCACCUCAAACAGCCGACAGAUUGUCAACAACGCUUCGCAGAAGGUGCGACCCAAGUGUGGCAACCAUUCCUUUAAGACUGUCGCCGACUGCACUUGGAGGGAAUCGACAGAGGUCUUCUCCAGGGACAGUCCCAUUAAUGUAUCUGACUCUGGGGAAGGCGAGUCAACGACACCUACUAAAAAAGCUGAGCUGUUACAGUGAGCACUCACAGAAAAGGAUUGGUAUCUCGGAUGACGGGUGAAGGUAUGUUACAAGUGUUAGAAUCUCUGGGGUUGCAGUUGAUUCUUGUUUACAGCCACGUGACUUCAGCUGCAGAUGUCAGCCCUCUGGGUAGUUAACGGGCCGACUAUUUAAAAGCUGCACUUAAAGUAUACAUGAUUUACUUCCAACUUACAGUAGUUUUCUUUAAACUUUAAGACUGUUAUAUUCAAUUUCAGUGUUUUGGAAGAAAAUAAAAAGAUUAUGUGAUCUAUUAUUUGCCAUGAUGUGUCCUUUUUGCAUUUGAAGAACAAGGUUGUGAUUCUGAUGUUCUCAUCAAACGUACUCCAGGCCGUUCCAGUUAAUGUAGCCAUUGUACAUAAGUUAUAUUUCUUUUUACAUUGUGCACGUGAAGCCAUAGGUCCCUCAUUCCAAAUAUGUACAAAUACUUAAGUUUGUCUGUCGGUCCUGUACAAAAGGAAGGAACAAGUGUAUAUAUCUUUUUUGUUGUUGCUGGCUGCUGCAGUUUGUGCAUCUCCUUCAAAAAUGUUAUGUUGUGCUUAAUGCAAUCAAAGUGAGUGCCUGGAAUAUAAAAGUUCUAAAUGUGCAGAUUGCAGUAUUUAAGGAAACGCAGGGAAUUUGUAAAAACAGUAUACACACCGUUACAUCAUACAGUACUAGCGCAGAUGUUAAUCGCCACUGAGAAGGUCACUGGGUCGGAGGUAGAGGACUCCAGAGGUGGAUGAUAAGGCUCCAUCUAAUGGUAGCUGUACAAACGUAUGAGAAAUGUACAUUUGAUGUGAAUAUACUGACAAUUUAACCAAUCUGUUCACUGUUAGUUCUAAGGGAUACACCACUGUUGAGCAUAGUGUAGCAUAGUACCACGCACAUUCACGCCUUAACUAGUGUACUUGCUUUAGGUCUAGUGGCAAUUGUCCAAAUGAGUGGAAACAGAGUAACACAGAGUAAUUUGGCCUUGUAAUAUAUCCAACUAAAUAUAUUUAGACUGUAGGAGAAGCACUUUACUAGUGGCUAGUUAGUAAAGGAUCACGGUAACUGUAUCAAUGUUUUAAGUAAGCUUUCACUCUCAUCAAAGUCUCAACUUUAAGGCCAAGGUCUGAUGUGUCUGUACGAAAGCCUACUGAUUCUAAAGUGAUGGAUCCAAAUAUGGAAUUGUGCGCCCACCUUUGGUCGCACCUGUGUAUAUAUAGACAUCCAGUUUAAGGAACAUUAUAAGAUUAUUUUGGGUCACUAGCCUAAUCACGAUGACCAAAUUGGAUGUAAACCGUAUGUCAGGUGGAAUAACAUUCAGAUGCUGGUAAACAUAUUGACUGAGCACAAUAUCCCAGAUCCGCUUGUUGCGAUAUAUUUCCAUACAACCCUCAUGAUGCUGCUCAGCCUCGGAAAGUACACCCUUAAACUUGGCAUUUUCUUUUUCAGAUGCACGACAUUGUUGGACAUUCUAAAAUAAUACGACAGUCAGGCCUCUUGUUUAGUACAAUGUGUAGGAGGGAGAUCAGUUUACCAUUCAGUCCGUAUUGGUAAAGCAGUUGUCAUCUCAAACUGAGAUCGUUAUUUAUAUUUACAGACUUGUAGGACGUAAUUUCAAUAAAUAUUUUGUCUUAUCUAAACUAGGAUAACUAAGCAUCAGAAAUCUACAUCUGCCUUUGCCAACUUCUGUAGGUCUAUACUCAAUGACCUUGAAUACUACAGAAGGCUGUUUAUUCAAUAUCAAAAUAAUACAUACAGAAAGACAAAUCUACAUGCUUGUGAAAUACACCACAGAAUAAAUAACUGCAGAAUACAUACUUUUAUUUGACGUCCUGUGAAAAUAAAAAAACUGCACAAGACAGUAAUGGUAUUUAUUUGUGUUCAACACAGUAGCUGCAACAUUUUUAAAAUAGAAAACAAAUUGUAACAGCGGAUGGUCAGCUGCAGUCUGUUUUGCUCUCAAUGUUUUGGUGCGAUCGUUUCCAUUUCUGUAGUCAUCAGAUGUGCUCCAGUGGUUCGAUUGUACACCAGCCUCCUGCAUCGGACGGUGUUUUCACAAUAAAAGGGACCACUGUUUUAAGAGAAAACUAGGGGCAGGAAGCAGAAUGAGACUGUUCAAUGAUAUCACCAUAUACUUGCUUUUACUUUUAGUGCUAGAAUAACACAACACGAGCAUGGUUUCGUAAACUGAAAUAACAAUACAGAAAUCAGAUAUGUUGAGGAUGGGGAGCAUCAAAAGGUCAGAGAGCAAAAAUGUUACUGAUACUUUGAAGAAAACCAGUUAGACAAAUAGCUGUACGCGGCAUUAGAGAACAUUAGAGUAUUUUGCCUGUGUAUUUAUUUCAUUCAGAAUAUAACAGCUUUUGAUGGGAGGCUGGCCUAGACAUGUGAAAGCUAGUUAGCUUAAGCUUAGUGCAUUGAUACUGCAAUAGUUUAUAGCAGCAUGUCUACAAAACAAGCCUGACACCUGACAGGUUGACCUCAGACACAAGACGAUCUUUCCCGUGUACUUUGAAGGGCUAUUGUUAUUCUCUGUUUACUGGUUUGUUCAGACAAUGGCCCUUGGAUUAUUUAAACCAGGUAGCAGCGUCCAGCUUUAAAUGACUUUCAUUUCACAUCAUUAAGAGGAUUUGAAAAUAUGUGUGAAUUCAAUAUAAUUGCCAAAGUCCUGAUGAUAUUUUCUUUGAUUUGAUUGUCUCUGAAGCCUGUACUGUAAUUAUAUUGUCACCAAAUUGUACCAGUGUUUGACUGUGAGUUUGUUUAUUAUAGAGAACGUGCUAUCUUUGCUAAAAUAACGGGAAAAAAAAGAAAUCAAUAAAAAGAUACGAUAUUUAUGGGAAUGCCAGUUUCAGCGUAUAUUUGAAUGUGACACUAUGGACGCCAGUAUUUGGUAUCAUUGUAUGUUUAAGUAACUUGAAUGACUUUGAAUAAUUUCUAUGUUUGCAACUCAUAGUUCACAUACUGGUAAUGAAUGUUUCUAUGGUAUUCUUUGUAUUGUCAGGAGCGACUUAGAGAUUUAUAUUUUCAUAAAUGUUGUAUUUAGAUUUUGUUACUGAGUCGUUAACUGGAGUUCCAGCUGAAAAGAAAACCUAUGUCUGAAGCAAUAUGAAACCGGUGUGUAUGCAUUGUUUGUAUGAAACAAUUUAAUGUA